AUGGGCAACCAAGCAGCCUGGAUCGAGGGCAAUGCAGAUCACCCGUUAGUGGUCAAGGAGGCACCCAAGCCAAAGCCAGGCGCCGAUGAGGUGCUCAUCAAGACGGCGGUCGUCGCCAUUAACCCGGUCGACUACAAGCUGCAAGACGCGGGCGCGUACUCGCCAAGCAAGCCGUUUAUCCUCGGCGAGGACGGUGCUGGCAUCGUUGAGGAGGUCGGAGCCGACGUCACGGGUAUCAAGAAGGGCGAUCGGGUGAUUGCCUACGCCGAUGGGCUCGGGUCGAACAAGUCGGCCAACUCGUCUUUCCAGCUGACCUUUGCGGCCACCUCCCGGCUCGUCAGCCCGGUGCCGACGUCGCUGGCGCUGGAGAAGGCCGUCGUGCUGCCGCUGGCGCUGUCGACCGCAGCAGCCGGCCUGUACGACCACACUCUACUGAAACUGCCGCUCCCGGUGGCGGACCCGGCUGCGGUCGUGCAGUCAGGCCGGACGGUCCUCGUCUGGGGUGGCUCCUCGUCGGUCGGCAGCGCGGCCAUCCAGCUGGCCAAGGCGUCGGGUGCGCGUGUCGUCAGCACGGCGUCGCCGCAGAACCAUGCGCUGCUCCGAGCACUGGGUGCCGACGCGGUGUUUGACUACCACGCUGACACGGUCGUCGAUGAGCUGGCCAAGGAGCUCGAGGGCGCUGACUUUGCGGGCGUGUACGACGCCAUCUCGCUGGCUGCGAGCACGGCGGCCGUGGCGGCCGUCCUCGGACGGCUAGACAAGAAGGUCCCGGUAGCCAACGUGCUUCCGACAGACCGGAAGACGGAGCAGUACCAGCCUCAAUUUGUCCGCGCAUCCAACAUCACGUCAGGGGCGCUGGCUUUCAUCAGUGACGGCGUUUGGGGCAAGUUCGUCCCGGCUGCCCUGGCCAACGGGUCGCUGCAGGCCAAGCCGGACGCUCAUGUGAUCGGUCACGGCCUCGACAAGAUUCAGCAUGGCAUCGAUGUGCUGCGCAAGGGCGUCUCGGCACAGAAGGUGGUGGUGACACUCCGCGAAGCCACCAGUUCUUUACCUUCUCAGCACGCAAUCUUCUCUACAAUGGCGCCCCACAACGGCCUCAUGCACGGCACCGAGUACGACAUUGAGGACAGCAAUGUGGAGCUGAUUGGCAGCGAGAUAGACCACCGCGUCAAGUACGCGUCAGCCGCGACGGAGCCGGCCUGGAACGACGGCGUGGUGAGUCGGCAGCCCGGUCUGUUUGUGUGGCGGGUCGAGGAUUUCCAGCUGGUGGCGGUGCCGCCGGCCGACCGGGGCGUCUUUUACGACGGCGACAGCUAUGUCGUGCUGCACUCGUACCGUCUCGGGCCGGCCGACGAGAGCAGUGCCCAGGCGCCGCGGCUGGGCCACGAGAUCUUUUUCUGGCUGGGCGCCCACACGUCGCAGGACGAGGCCGGCACGGCCGCCUACAAGACGGUCGAGCUGGACGAGUUUCUGCGCGGCGCCGCGACCCAGCACCGCGAGCUGCAGGCGAGCCCAUCGGCCGCCUUUCUCGGGCUGUUUCCGCGGCAGCGACUGACGAUCCGACGAGGUGGCGUGGCCACCGGCUUCCGGCACGUGGAUGUGGAGGGGGAACGCGACAAAGCGGUAGGGAGAGCGCCCACGCUGCUGCGCGUGUUCCGACAGCCCGGCGUGGCAGCCGACGGCGGCGUCGUGGUGCACGAGGUCGAGGCGUCGUGGCACAGCCUCGACGACGGCGACGUGUUCGUGCUCGACAGCCCGGCCGACGCGACCGUCUACGUCUGGCAGGGCCGCCGCUGCAGCCCGAUGGAAAAGGCGCGGGCCGCCGACGUGGCCCAGGACCUGCUGACGCCCGCACACGCCGGCAGCGUCCAGGUGUUGGCCCAGGACGAAGGACGAGCCGGCCGUGUUGUCCGGCUGCUGGGGGGCGAAGACAGCCAACAGGGCCAGGCCUUCUCGUCUGCACGCCCCUGGGCUGCUGCGGCCCACGAUCCACAGGACUCCAACGCUCCCGCCAGCUCGGCCUACCCGCAGCGCCUCUGGCGGCUCAGCGACGCGUCCGGCUCUCUCGCCUUUGACCUCGUCCGCGAGACCACGGCGGGCACCUCCGUCGACGAGCUCGACGGCCAGGACGUCCUCCUCUGGGACGACGGCGGCCGUCAGAUCUGGGUCUGGGAGGGCCGUGGUGCCAGCCCGGCUGAGCGUGCUCAUUGGCUCCGUGUGGCCCAGGCUUACGUGCGGCAGCUCGUCGGCGAGCGCGGCCGCCAGGCCGCCCAGACACCCAUCGCCAAGGUCCGCCAGGGUUACGAGAGCCCGGCCUUUUUGCACUCGCUGCAGGCCUGUCGAUAG